AGGUUGCCUUUGGGAUGCGGACGGACCACCUCCUCUUUCGCAGUGGUCACGUGAUUGGUCCGCUUGAGAUGCCCAUGAUAACUGCGCUGAAUCACUGCUUUAAUUCGCGUUGGAUGCGGCCAGACGUGGCAUCAAUAUGAGGAACAAUCCCUUCCCUUUUGGGCUUUUUUUGUUCGCGUAUGGUGUGUUCGGUGCUGAUGGAGUGAAGUCAGUGUCAGUGUCAGUGAUGGUGGGAGAUUCUGUCACUCUACACACUGGUGAUACUAAAACACAGAGAGUUCUGGAACUGGUGUGGAAGAUUCAAGGCGAAAAUAAAUUCAUGGCAGAGAUUGAUAAAGAAAUAAAUAAACUAUCAGUACCAGGGAAUGAGGAGGAACCAUUCAGAGGCAGACUGAAGCUGGACAAUCUGACAGAUUCUUUGACCAUCACAAACCUCAAAACAGCAGACUCUAGAGUUUAUGAACUACAGAUCAAGACCACAAAAGAGACCAAAUCCAAGAUAUUCAAUGUUGAUGUCAGUGGCCGCUUUGAAUUCAACCGCGGCAACGCUAGUCUGCUGAUCAGAACUUCAGGAAGCAGCCAUCAGAGCAGCGAUCAUCAUGUGAUCACCGUGUCUGAGGACGAGGUUCAGAUGGUUCCAAAAUCCACUGAUGAUGCCAUCUCUCACACCCUACAUUCUUCCCUCAAGCACAUUGACAGCAGCAAUGGGAACUAUGUAAGGCUGCUAUUCAUCGACUACAGCUCAGCUUUCAAUACAGUAGUCCCCAUCAAGCUGGCUUCUAAACUCAUGGACCUCGGCCUGAAUUCUUCACUCUGCGACUGGAUUCUUGACUUCCUUACCGGCAGACCCUAG